CAGUCAGUGAGUAAGUCAGUUCACAGAAACCCUACUCCGAUCUUGGUCAUUUGGGUGAGUGGUCGCUGAAGUCGAGCACAAGGCACUACUAGUUAGAGGCUGCCCAUCAGUCCUGCCUUACUCCUGUUCUCUUGGUCUGGGUUAGUCUGGUGGGUCGAUUUUCGAGCAUUUGACAUUCCCAGUUGUUCGUUCUUACCUCUCACGUCUCCGAGACUCGUUACCACCACACAGAACACCAUGGUUCAAAAGUACAAGGUGGAAGGAUUCGAGGCCUUUGAGGCCAAAUUAGCCGAUAUUCAGCGAGAGUUUGCCGGAAAAACGGUGCUAGUGCUUUUCUCCGGUUCCAAGGAUCCCAAGACCCAUCAAAGUUGGUGUCCGGAUUGCGUGACCGCUGAGCCCGUGGUCCAGGCGUGUCUGGACAAGGCGCCAGAACCCGAGCAAGUGGUAUUCUUGUACGUAGGUGUGGGGUCGCGAGAGUUUUGGAAAGAUCCCCAGUGCAUUUUCCGCACCCACCAGUCCACUCAACUCAAGGCCGUGCCGACGCUUAUCAAAUGGGGCAGCCCUCAAAGACUCGAGGAAAGUCAGUGCAAUCGACCCGACAUGGUGGAAAUGCUCUUUGACGAUUGAUGGCAUCAUUAACUUCACCACCUGAUUGCACCCACCAUGCUUCUCGGAUGUAGAACGGGCAGAUAUUCGUUUAUCCACCCCUCGCCGAACUCGCAAAUAACCAUGACUCGAAAGUGAUCAUAAACGGAACUUUCCAUGUUUUGACAUAUAA